UCACGCGCAACGGAGGGGUGGAGUCAACCUCGUGACCUUUCACCCCAGCAUGGCUGCGCCCGUGGGACCGGUGAAGUUCUGGCGACCCGGUACUGAGGGACCAGGUGUCAGCAUCUCUGAGGAGAGACAGAGUCUAGCUGAAAACUCUGCAACAACCGUUGUCUACAAUCCCUACGCUGCCCUUUCUGUCGAGCAGCAGAGGCAGAAGCUGCCCGUGUUCAAGCUUAGGAAUCAUAUAUUAUACUUGGUAGAAAACUAUCAGACAGUGGUGAUUGUUGGAGAGACGGGAUGUGGGAAAAGCACACAGAUCCCACAAUACCUUGCAGAAGCGGGCUGGACCGCCGAAGGAAGAGUGGUGGGAGUGACCCAGCCUCGAAGAGUGGCUGCCGUUACAGUUGCAGGGAGAGUAGCUGAGGAAAGGGGUGCGGUGCUGGGCCACGAGGUGGGCUACUGCAUCCGCUUUGACGACUGCACCGACCCGCUGGCCACGAGAAUCAAGUUCCUGACUGAUGGAAUGUUGGUCAGGGAAAUGAUGGUUGAUCCAUUGUUAACAAAAUAUAGUGCCAUCAUGCUGGAUGAAGCCCACGAGAGGACCUUGUACACAGACAUUGCCAUUGGCUUGCUGAAAAAGAUUCAGAGAAAGCGAGGGGAUCUUCGAUUAAUGGUAACUUCAGCCACUCUGGAUGCAGAGAAAUUUCGGGAUUUCUUUAAUCAGAAUGAAACCAAUGACCCAACGAGGGAUACUUGUGUGAUCCUUACGGUAGAAGGACGAACAUUCCCAGUGGAUAUCUUUUAUCUACAAAGUCCUGUUCCAGAUUAUAUAAGAUCAACUGUAGAAACUGUGAUGAAAAUUCACCAGACAGAGGGAGAUGGAGACAUACUAGCAUUUCUGACUGGCCAGGAAGAGGUGGAAACUGUCGUGUCUAUGCUGAUCGAGCAGGCUCGGGCGCUAGGUCGAACUGGGAUGAAGAGACACCUCCGGGUUCUCCCCAUGUAUGCAGGACUGCCUUCCUUUGAGCAAAUGAAGGUGUUUGAAAGGGUGUCCCGCAGCGUCCGAAAGGUGAUAGUGGCCACCAAUGUGGCCGAAACCUCCAUUACAAUCAGCGGUAUUGUGUAUGUGAUCGACUGUGGCUUCGUGAAACUCCGAGCCUACAAUCCCAGGACGGCCAUUGAGUGCUUGGUGGUGGUUCCGGUGUCCCAGGCGUCAGCCAACCAGCGCGCGGGACGUGGUGGCCGCAGCCGCUCUGGAAAAUGUUACCGCCUUUAUACAGAGGAAGCCUUUGACAAGCUGCCUCAGAGUACCGUCCCUGAGAUGCAGCGUAGCAAUCUGGCGCCUGUCAUCCUCCAGCUGAAAGCCCUCGGGAUCGACAACGUCCUCAGGUUCCACUUCAUGUCGCCCCCCCCAGCCCAGUCGAUGGUUCAAGCGUUGGAGUUACUCUAUGCUCUGGGAGGUCUGGACAAAGACUGUCGCCUAACUGAACCUCUUGGCAUGAGAAUCGCAGAGUUUCCUUUGAACCCCAUGUUUGCAAAAAUGCUGCUUGAAUCAGGAAAUUUUGGCUGUUCUCAGGAAAUUCUAAGCAUUGCAGCCAUGAUGCAGAUCCAGAAUAUCUUUGUGGUCCCCUCAAACCAGAAGUCUCAGGCAAUUCGAGUGCACCGAAAGUUUGCUGUGGAAGAGGGUGAUCAUCUCACGAUGCUCAACGUGUAUGAAGCGUUUAUCAAACACAAUAAAAACUCUCAGUGGUGUCAGGAACAUUUCCUGAAUUACAAGGGUCUUGUCAGAGCGGCAACAGUGCGAGAGCAGUUGAAGAAGCUUCUUGUCAAGUUUCAAGUGCCCAAGAAAUCUAGCGAAGGUGAUCCAGAUCCAGUCCUGAGGUGCAUUGUUUCAGGAUUCUUUGCGAAUGCAGCAAGAUUUCAUUCUACUGGAGCUUAUAGGACUAUCCGUGACGAUCAUGAAUUACAUAUCCACCCUGCCUCGGUCCUCUACGCAGAGAAGCCGCCUCGCUGGGUUAUCUACAAUGAAGUUAUACAGACCUCCAAGUAUUACAUGAGAGACGUGACUGCUAUCGAAUCCGCUUGGCUGUUGGAGCUGGCUCCCCACUUCUAUCAACAAGGAACGCACCUGUCCCUCAAAGCCAAAAGGGCCAAGGUCCAGGACCAGUGAGCAGAGCUCGGCUGCCGCCACAGGGGACUUGACACCAUCUCCUCCACACUGUGGUCCCCCGGCCCUGGGUGGCGAGCUGGCCCCGGCUCACGUGGAGUCUCACGCUGCUCUGAAGUGGGCCGCAGCCCGCUCGUUAGCCCUUUUCUUCUCGCUCCCCUCGGCAUCUGCGCUCCUUGCUGGGAGACCAGGGAGACUGCACAGGGGCAGGCCCCCCCGCCGCGCUGCACCCAGGCAGAGCGGGGAUAGGCAGGGCCGUGCUGUCUGUUCAUGCAGCGCUCCUGCCGACCCAGCAUGCCACUUCUGCCCGGCGCUCGGUUCUGGCCCAGCUUUGUGGGGCACGGGAAGGAAGGCUGGCCGCUGCGGCCUAGAGCGCUGUGCGGGGUGUGCGGGGGCUGUGCGGGGCUGCCUUCGCUCACCUGGUGGGGCCCCAGCCCUGCUGCCGGGUGGAAUGAGCAGGAGACUCACAAGGUUUGGUGACCGACAGGCGGGACUCGUGUGCACUGUUCUCGGUUAGCGAAGGAUUUCUGUCUCACAAGCGGGCUUUGCUUUCUCCGCAUAUGACACCGCAUCC